AAAAUACAUUACAUACCGAGAAUUUGCUGAAAAAGCACAGGUCAGAAAACAAAACCCUACUGAGCUGAGCUCCAUAUCUCCACUUUUCUUCAAUGGGCACAAAGCGAAAAUCAUCAGCUUCAACCCCAAAAAUCCAACCUGAAGAACAAAAACCUAAACUUGAACUUCAAUCUUCAUCCUCCUCCGAAGAAGAAUCUGAAUCCGAACCCGAGGCUGCACCCCAAUCCGAAUCAUCAUCUUCAGAAGAAGAAGAGAGCGAAGACGAGGCGACAAAGCGAGAAACUGUUCGGAAACUUCUAGAACCUUUCACUAAAGACAAAAUAAUCCAGCUAUUCAAAACCGCCGCUUCAAACGACCCAUCAAUUCUUUCUCGGGUCAAAACCCUAGCCGAUACCGACCCGACCCACCGUAAAAUCUUUGUUCACGGCCUCGGCUACGACACAACUUUGCACCAACUCCACGCCGUCUUCGAACCCUACGGCGAAAUAGAAGAGUGUAAACUGAUUACUGAUAAAGUUACCAACAGAGCUAAAGGAUAUGCCUUUGUGCUAUUCAAAACCCGGGUCGGGGCAAAAAGGGCUUUAAAGGAGCCCCAGAAGAAGAUUGGGAAUCGUAAUACCUCUUGCCAGCUUGCAGCCAUGGGACCCGCUGGUGCUGGUUCAGAUUCCGUGGAGAAUUCGAAUAAUAAUAGUGCUGGUAAUAGUAAUGCAAAUCAAGUUGUGCAGCAAAAUGAUAGUAUGAGUUAUGGUUUUGGAAUGAGUCCCGGGUUAUUGGGUGGCGCGAGUAUGAAUGGGAUGCCCUUUUUGAUGGGACAAAACAUGGGAUUCGGAGUGAAUCCUAUGCUGGGAUUAAGCCAAGCUGGUUUAGCUGCAUCGGGAUUUAAUCCUUCGUUUGUGGGGAUUGGUGCUGGUUAUGAUAUAAAUAGCAUUAAUCCGGGCGUUUUAGGUAGUAGUUAUGGUGCACAGCCAGCUUUGCAGGGAUUAGGGACUUACCCGGGUGCACAAAUUGGGCAGCAUUCUUUUGGAGGAACAGCAGCAAUGACAACUGUAACUACACCGGCAAAAGAUUCCUCUGGCAUUGGGUCAGCGAGGGUGACCUAUCCCUCGUAUUUGAGCCGUUAGAUGACAAAGAGUGUGGUUGGGGUAUAUGGACAGUGGAUGAAACAUGCAUUCUGAUCUGCAUCAUUCCACGCUAUUGUGACCUUGAGAAAACUGCUGCGAUUAGCCAAUAUUCAUAAAAGAAUUCCAAGGAAGUCAAAGGCCAGAGCCAAGAGCCAAGACAUACAACAGUAUCUGCAUUAUCUUCUUGCAAAUCCCAAGUUGUGUAGCUGUAGCAUGCCCAAAGUGCUCACAUUCAGAAGUUUCAUUGAGUAUUUCAGCAUUGGGUUGAAUAUAAUUAGAUCUGUUUCAGCUCAUUGAAUGGGUUAGCGGGUCUCAGAUGGUUUUUGCUUUGAAUAUACUUUUAUCAUUGCGGAGUAGAUCUUUCGUAGGGCCUUUCUUCUAAAUUGUUU